GUUUUAACAUUAGAUCCAUCAUGACUCUUGACUCUUUAUGAGUCACGUGUAAAGACCUACAAUAAUUUUCGUAUUGUAUUUACCAAACACUAAAAGUUUCUCGAACCACUAGUAUACUAGUUAACCCAGCUCACUUUACAGAAGUUAGACUAAUUGUAAAUAAUAAUAUCAUAGACCAUAUCAGGAAAGGUUCUGUUCGUUUAUGAAAUUUCCUAUUUGGUUUCGGUCUAUAACUAAAAGAAACUUUGUAAUGUCUUCAUCCACCAUUAAGAAACCAACGGUUCAACAACCACAAUGGCAUAAACCUCAGGAUAAGACUGAAGGAAAGUCAAUUCUUAAGAUCUAUAAUUCCUUAACUCGUACUAAAAAUGAAUUUAUUCCUAUUAAACCUGGUCAUAUAACUUGGUAUUGUUGUGGACCAACGGUUUAUGAUCAUUCUCAUAUGGGUCAUGCUAGAAAUUAUGUUAGUACUGAUAUUAAUAGAAGAAUUUUACAAGAUUAUUUUGGUUAUAAUGUAAAAUUUGUUCAAAAUGUUACGGAUAUUGAUGAUAAAAUCAUUAUUGCUGCUCGUCAACAAUAUUUAUUUGAACAAAAGAUAAUUAAUCAAUAUAAAGAAAUUAAUCCUCAAUUAUUACAAGUUUCUAAAGAAUAUUUACUGACUUAUAUAUCUAAAAAUUUACCACAAUUUACUAGUGAAAAUAUUGAAUCAGAAUUCUUGACUUGGACAAAUUCAAUUCCAAAUGUAUCUGAAAUUUCAAAGGAAAAUCCUAAAUUCCCCAUGUAUUUAAAGGCUGCAAAAGUAGCGUAUGAAGCUAUUUAUAAUAGUUCAUCAUCAUUGUCCAUAGAAGAUUUCUUAGAAAAGAUUCAAGAUGUUGCCAAACCUCAUUUAGAUAAAGAAUUUGGUUCAACAGUAACUGAUCCAUCAAUCUUUAGAAAAUUACCUUAUUUUUGGGAAAAUAAAUUUAAUAUUGAUAUGGGAAGAUUAAAUGUACUUCCACCAUCAGUUACUACUAGAGUUUCAGAAUAUAUACCUGAAAUUAUUGCAUUUGUUGAUAAAAUUAUUCAAAAUGGAUUUGCUUAUCAAACAUCAGAUGGAUCAGUUUAUUUUGAUACUGUUAAAUUUGAAAAUGAUCCAAAUCAUGAUUAUGCUAAAUUACAACCAUGGAAUAAAGGUGAUUUAUCAUUAAUUAAUGAUGGUGAAGGUUCUUUAACUGUAGGAGAUUCAAAGAAGAGUCCAUCAGAUUUUGCAUUAUGGAAGGCUUCAAAACCUGGUGAACCAUCAUGGAGUUCUAAAUGGGGUGAAGGUAGACCAGGAUGGCAUAUUGAAUGUUCAGUUAUGGCUUCAGAUAUUACUGGUGAAGUUAUGGAUAUUCAUAGUGGUGGGAUUGAUUUAUGUUUCCCUCAUCAUGAUAAUGAAUUAGCUCAAUCAGAAGCUUAUUUUGAUAAUAAACAAUGGGUUAAUUAUUUCAUGCAUAAUGGUCAUUUACAUAUUCAAGGUCAAAAAAUGUCAAAAUCUUUAAAGAAUUUUAUUACAAUAGAAGAAGCAUUAAAUGAUUAUACAAGUAGACAAUUAAGAUUAGUAUUUGCUUUAAGUCCUUGGGAUAAACCAUUAGAUUUUAAAGAUUCAUUAAUUAGUGAAGUUAAAUCAGUUGAAUCUACUUUUUCAAAAUUCUUUACCACUGUACGUGCUUUAAAUAAUGAUUAUAAACAUAAAAUAGCUGAAGGAGGAUUUGUAUCUAAAAAAGUUAGUACUGUAGAAAAACAAUUAUAUGAUGAUUUAACUAAAGCUCAAAUUGAAGUUGAUAUAGCCUUUAAUGAUAAUUUAUCCAGUGGUCAAGCAAUAAGAUCAAUUCAAGAAUUAAUUGGUAAAUCAAAUAGUUAUAUUCAACAAGCAGCUGCAGGAUCUCAUGAAUUAAGAAUAGAAGUCAUAUUAGAAGUAACUUCAUGGAUAGUAAAGAUUUUAAAUAUUUUAGGAUUUGAAGUAAGAAGUGAUAAAUUAGGUUGGAAUGAUACUUCUUCAUCAUCUGGUGAAGAUGGUGGAUCUGUUGAAGAUAUUGCUCUUCCAUAUGUUAAAGCUUUAAGUCAAUUCAGAGAUGUUGUUCGUAAUCUUGCUAUUAACAAAUCAGAAUCUAAUACUAUCUUACAAGCUUGUGAUACUAUUAGAUCAGAUUUAAUUAAAUUAAAUGUAUCAUUAGAUGAUAGACCUAAUGGAAUUGCCUUAGUUAAAUUUCUUAAUGCUCAAGAAAAGGAAGAUCUUAUUCAACAACAAGAAGCUAAAAUUAAGGCUGCAGAAGAAAAGGAAAGAAAGAAGAAGGAGCAAGCUGCUGCUAAUGCCAAAAAGGAAGCCGAACGUUUAGAAAAGAUGAAGAUAAAUCCCGCAGAUAUGUUUAAAGAUAAGAGCUUAUAUUCCGAAUGGGAUGAAUCAGGAUUACCUACUAAAGAUAUAAAUGGAGAAGAGAUCAGUAAAAGCAUGACCAAGAAAUUGACCAAACAACAUCAGCAGCAACAGAAGCUCUAUCAAGAGUAUUUGAAGUUAACUGCUCAGUAAUCUAAUUUAUAGAUCGAUCAAAAAUAUACAUACAAGUAAUAAAAAGCAAUUAUUUUAAUAAUGCAUUGUAGUACAUGUGUUACUCUAUAACUCUAAAAUACAGUCUACCGUGACUGGACAUAUGCAGCCGGAAACUUUUGGUGAGCAGAGCAUUCUUCAAUUCUUUAC